AUCCACCUGACCACUAGAUGUCAGUAUUCAUCAGACUCUACUGAGAUCUGCUGUCGGGGCUGUGACUAAACAGCAAUUUGAGAAACAUGGCGGAUUUGGAGAGGGAGAACGACACCAUCAUAAAAGAAAAAGAUGAUUUACAAAUUCUGAAGGGUCUUGUCGAUGAACUCUACCACUUCAGAGACCACUAUUUUGCGACACACAACGUGGAGGAUGCCAGCAGGAAACAGAAUGACGUGACCCAAGAGAUGAACAAGACGUUGCAGAGGCUGGAGGAGAAGGAGGAGGAGCACAAACACAGCGCCCAGUUCCUCCUGCAGCGGGGCCGCUGUCUGAACGUGGGCCCUGACUUCAGCCCCGGCGCGGAGGAGAACCUGUCGCGGGCCGUGAAGCUGGAGCCCAGUCUGGUGGAGGGCUGGAACACACUGGGGGAGCUCUACUGGAAGAAGGGAGACCUGGUCGCAGCCAAGACCUGUUUCUCCGGUGCCUUGCAACAGGAGAAGAAUAAAGUGUCUCUGAGGAGCCUGUCCAUGGUGCUGAGACAGCUCCCGCCUGAAGGGGGCGAUCAGGAGCAAGGCAAGCGGGUGUUGGAGAGCGUGGACAUGGCCAGGCAGGCGGUGCAGCUGGACGUCAAAGACGGGACAUCUUGGUAUAUCCUGGGCAAUGGCUACAUCUCCCUGUUCUUCACUAGUGGACAGAAGCCUCAGAUCUCCCAACAGGCCCUCAGUGCCUAUGCACAGGCUGAAAAAAUCGACACGGCAGCCUCCUCAAACCCAGACCUGCACUUCAACAGAGCUACGCUGUUUCAGUACGAGGAGAUGUUCAGUUCAGCUCUGGCUGGCUACAGUCGAGCGGCCAUCUUGGAUCCGGCAUGGGAGGAGCCUGUGGAGAGGGAGAAGCAGCUGCUGGACUACCUGGAGCGAGUCACGGCCCUUAUCGACAACAAGGGAAAGGUGAAGGCUCGGCGUCUGCGGACCAUGCUGUCCAAUCUCAGCCUGUCGGCUCUGGGUCCUUGUGCCUCUCCUCAGUUCCGUGCCCCGACAGGCCGGACAGGAAGCCUGGUGCCCCAGUGUAUCUCUACCCUCACACAUGGCAUCAACACUGGGGUGGCCGCCAUGGGCAAGGUGGUCUUCAGCCUUGCUCCAGAGGGACGAAUGGCUUUCACGUUCGGUAUGGUGGACAGUGAGGAGACCUGUUGUGUGGUGAUGGUGUAUAACACAGCAGACAGCUGGGGAGUGCUGAUUGGGGACUCUGUGGUGAUCCCCGAGCCUCAAGUCAAACGCCACAGCGUGUCGCACAAAGACAAGACCUUUGACUUCCGUAGCAUACGAGUGGACUCUCCUCUGCUUCUGAUCGUCAAUGGCAAGAGGCAAGCUGUGAAGAGCCAGACCGCCGCCUCCGUCAGCUACAAGCCUCAGAGCGAAUGAUGGAGGGAUGAAGAGAAGAAACACGGUGGAGGAUGGAGAACAGAGUAGUCUGCAGUUCAAAGGCAGCAGCUUAUCUAUGCUAUGAGCCAGCUGGAGAGUGGAGGAGGGAGGCGACAAUUUGAGUAACAAGUCAGCCUGCAACUAGUACAAGCCCGAUUGAGUGAUGGAGAAAGUAGAAUGCUACUGUUUAAGUAAUAUAUAAGUUUGUUUGUGUAUAUAUGAAUGCAAUGUUUUGUGUUUUCACUCUUUAAAACCCUGUACAUAUUUUUUUAACGUAUUUCCUUUUGUUAUGUAGUUUGGAGUGUGUGAAGAAUGUGUCUCUUUUAAUUUGUCACGGAAAAUGCUGCUGUUUGUUUACAUUUGGGGCCCAUCAAUCCAAUAAAACCUUAAAUACA